AGCCAUCGUCUAUGUGCCUUUCCCCGUCAGCAGCAGCAGCGCCUUUGCCGUAUGAACGAAUUCCUCUUAACUUAAAUGUCUCUGUGCUUACUAAGCACUAAAUCUUCCUUCACUUCAACUUUCACUUUCACUUUCUUUUGCAAACGUUUCCUACUGCUAGCCGCGCCCAUUUCUGCAUCAGCUUUCUCACCUUUUCACCUGCAGAUCUCAACACUCGCCAUGUCUCGCCGCCCCAACUUCCAGGGAGGCCGCCGAGGUGGAGGUGGAGGUGGAGGUGGCGGUAGCAGCUCCCCUGGUCGCGGCGGCGGAGGACGUGGAGGAGGAAGAGGAGGACGUGGUGAGCAGCGUUGGUGGGACCCUGUGUGGCGGGCGGAGCGCUUGAGACAGAAAGCUGCUGAGAUGGAAGUUCUCGAUGAGAAUGAAUGGUGGGAUAAGAUGGAGAAACUGAAGAAUGGAAGGGAUCAAGAGAUGAUAGUUAAGAGAAAUUAUAGCCGUUCUGACCAGCAAACUCUCUCUGACAUGGCUUAUGAAAUGGGUCUUUACUUCCAUGCAUAUAAUAAAGGACAGACACUUGUGCUUAGCAAAUUUCCAUUGCCAAAUUAUCGAGCUGAUCUUGAUGAGCGUCAUGGAUCAACACAGAAAGAAAUCCAAAUGUCUGCUGAGACUGAGAGAAGAGUUGGAAAUCUUUUGAACAGCUCACAGAGUCAGAGGGCAGCACCUGCAAAUGAUUUUGGUGCAGCAGCAUCUAGUCAGGGGGACAAACAACCAUCAGCUGGCGUAAAGAUAAUGAAACCUGUCCCUGACUUGGAGACAGAUUCUACUAAGGAGAAACUCAGCAUUGAAUUGAAGCAGAGGCAGGACAAAAUAAUGGCAAGUAAUAAUAUGAAGGAAAUGCAGUCUUUUAGAGAAAAGCUACCUGCAUUCAAAGUGAAAGGCGAGUUUCUGAAAGCUGUUGCGGGAAAUCAGGUUUUAGUAAUUUCAGGGGAGACAGGAUGUGGUAAAACAACACAACUUCCCCAGUAUGUAUUGGAAGAGGAGAUUACACAUCUGCGUGGUGCUGAUUGCAACAUAAUAUGCACUCAACCACGUCGCAUAUCAGCCAUAUCCAUUGCAGCUCGAAUUUCAUCUGAAAGAGGAGAGAAUCUUGGUCAAACUGUUGGUUAUCAUAUUCGCUUGGAGGAAAAGCGAUCUGCUGAAACCCGUCUACUAUUUUGCACAACUGGUGUUUUACUUCGGCAGUUGAUUCAGGAUCCUGAAUUGACUGGUGUGACCCAUUUGUUAGUGGAUGAAAUCCAUGAAAGAGGCAUGAAUGAGGACUUUCUAUUGAUUAUUUUGCGAGAUCUUCUUCCUCGGCGUCCAGAUUUGCGUCUUAUUCUAAUGAGUGCUACCAUUAAUGCUGGCUUGUUCUCGAAGUACUUUGGAAAUGCUCCAACUAUUCAUAUACUGGGAUUUACUUUCCCAGUGACAGAGUUAUUUCUGGAAGACAUAUUGGAGAAAUCUCGUUAUAAAAUCCAAUCAGAGUCUGGCAACUUUCAGGGGAAUUCAAGGAGGAGAAGGAGAAGGGAGCAAGAUUCCAAGAAAGAUCCUUUAACUGAAUUGUUUGAGGAUGUUGAUAUUGACUCUGAAUACAAGAAUUACAGCACAUCUACUCGAACUUCUCUUGAAGCUUGGUCGGGUUCAGAGCUUGACUUGGGUCUGGUGGAAGCGGCAAUUGAAUACAUUUGUCGCCAUGAAGGAGAUGGUGCAAUUCUUGUAUUUCUUACUGGCUGGGAUGAGAUUUCCAAGCUGCUUGACAAGAUUAAAGGAAAUAAACUUCUGGGAGACCAAAGCAAGUUUCUAGUCCUUCCCCUGCAUGGUUCAAUGCCUACAGUUAAUCAACGUGAAAUUUUUGAUCGUCCUCCCCCUAACAAGCGAAAAAUUGUACUUGCAACAAAUAUUGCAGAGAGUAGUAUCACAAUAGAUGACGUUGUGUAUGUUAUAGAUUGUGGAAAGGCAAAGGAAACCAGUUAUGAUGCUCUAAACAAGCUGGCUUGUCUGUUACCAUCAUGGAUUUCAAAGGCUUCAGCACAUCAGAGACGUGGUCGUGCUGGCCGUGUGCGACCUGGAGUUUGCUAUAGACUGUAUCCAAAAAUUAUCCAUGACGCAAUGCUUCAGUAUCAGUUACCUGAAAUUCUCCGAACACCUCUGCAAGAGCUAUGUCUGCACAUCAAAAGUCUGCAGCUUGGAGCUGUUGGAUCUUUUUUGGCAAAGGCACUUCAACCCCCAGAUCCUCUUUCUGUUCAAAAUGCUAUUGAACUUCUUAAAACCAUUGGUGCUUUAGAUGAUAACGAGGAGCUUACUCCACUUGGUCACCACCUCUGUACUCUACCCCUAGACCCAAAUAUCGGAAAGAUGCUUCUGAUGGGGUGUGUCUUUCAAUGCCUCAAUCCUGCUUUAACAAUUGCAGCUGCUCUUGCACAUCGUAACCCAUUUGUUCUCCCAAUAGAUAGGAAAACUGAAGCUGAUGCUGCAAAAAGAUCCUUUGCUGGUGAUUCUUGCAGUGACCACAUUGCACUUGUUAAAGCUUUUGAAGGAUAUAAGGAAGCAAAACGUACUCGGAAUGAAAGAGCAUUUUGUUGGGAGAAAUUUUUAUCCCCGAUAACAUUGCAGAUGAUGGAGGACAUGCGAGAGCAGUUUUUGAACUUACUAUCGGACAUUGGUUUUGUGGACAAAUCCAGGGGUGCUAGUGCUUACAAUCAGUAUAGCCAUGACUUAGAGAUGGUAUCAGCAAUCCUUUGUGCUGGACUUUACCCAAAUGUUGUGCAGUGCAAAAGAAGAGGAAAACGGACAGCAUUAUACACUAAAGAAGUUGGGAAAGUUGACAUCCAUCCUGCAUCUGUAAAUGCAGGGGUUCAUCUCUUCCCUCUGCCAUACAUGGUUUACAGUAAAAAGGUGAAAACAACUGGCAUUUAUAUCCGGGACUCAACAAACAUAUCCGAUUAUGCUCUGCUUUUGUUUGGUGGUAAUCUCAUUCCUAGUAAAGAUGGUGAAGGUAUUGAGAUGCUUGGAGGUUACCUCCAUUUUUCUGCAUCGAGAAGUGUAUUGGAGUUGAUACAGCAAUUACGGGCAGAACUCGACAAGCUUCUGAAGAGGAAGAUUGAGGACCCAAGCUUGGACAUUUCAGUUGAGGGAAAGGGAGUUGUCUCUGCUGUGGUUGAGUUGUUGCACAAUUACAAUCUACGCCGCUGAAUCUUCGAGUUUCUUUCAGGACUAACAUCUUAUAAUAGCAGUCCUGCCAUUUGCUUAAAAUUUUUUCUUACUGAAUAUUUAUAUAACAUAGUAAAAUAACUUCUGGUUCAAGAAGGUAAGAGAGCUGUUUUUUUGAGUUAUUUGCACAGUUUUCUUUCAGGGCUCGAGCUAUUUAUUGCGAUGUGCAUUGUUAAUGAGGGAACAAGUGCCAGAUUUAUAUAUGUAAUUGGUAACAAUUACUAACAAAAGAAGAGGGCAAAUGGGGCUUUUGCAUUUUCUCAAUUUGAUGAGUUCUUAGAAACAAGGCGAACUUGAACUAACUCUUAAAUAAUGUUUUUAAUUAGUGAAUAUGUUUGCAAACUUGAA